UUUGUGUGUGGUUGGUUAGUUGGUUAUCCUGAUAUUUCAAAGGAAUGAAAUUGCUGCUCCUGUCAAAUAAUCUGAGUAAAUGGUAUUGUUUCAAUGGCGCAAGAUGUUUCUAAGAAAAUGGCUGAGGAACCGUGGAUAUUAAAUGAAGAUGGGUAUUUGAAUGCUGACACUGACAUAAAAGAAAUUGUCUAUCAUCCAACAUUAAAUGUAAUUCUCUUGUGCACAAAGAGCGGAGUUGUGAAAGUAUUGGAUGUCAAUACGGGUGUUGUUCUACAAUCUAGUAAUUUGUCAGCAAUUAACCAGAAUGAAGUAACAUGUCGUUACAUACCUGGACAGGAUCGAAUCCUCUUCACCGAUGGACAAGCUAUAGGAGUUAGAUCCGAGUAUAAUGGGGUUUUACUUUUGGAUAGUAUUUUGCAAAAAAUUAUAUCAGAUCCUAAUGAAGAAGUUAGAGUGGAACUGCCUUUGUCAGAAGCAAUAAUUCUAAAACAAAGUCUUUUAUCAUCUGGAGUAACAGGAGUGGAUAAUCUUUUGAAGGAAUUGACAAAUUUGAUUGCGAAUGCUCAAAAAUGUGAUAAGAAGGGAAUAAAAGCUCAGAAAUGGAACAUUGUUUGCUUGAAACUUCCUCUAAACGAGUUGAGAUCUGCAACAAUGAGUACUGUCACCAAUAUUCUUGCCAAAAACCUUCAUAUACCAGAAUUGGCUGUAGCUUCAGCUAUACAGGAGCGAAUGUCUGAAUUAUUGGGUGAAAUAGCCAAUGCAUCUGAUCGAAGAGCUAUGGCAAGUGAAUCUAAAAGGAGAGAUACAUUUUCUCAGUGGCCACAUAUGGAUUAUAAAUGGGCACUUCCCGAGCAGAUGGCACAGGCAGGUUUCUACCAUCAACCAAAUCAACCUAACGCUCCUGGCGAAGAUAGAGCAUUGUGCUUUACCUGUGCUGUAUGUUUGGUGUGUUGGGAAAAAACUGACGAACCUUGGAGUGAACAUGAACGUCAUUCUCAAAAUUGUCCAUUUAUGAUGGGAGAAUAUACUCACAAUGUUCCUAUAUCUGUUAUCUUUGCUAGCAGUCCAGCUGUUGAUGCCACCUACCGUGGUAUGAAUAUAAAAGUUUUAGGAACCAGCUCUGUUCCAAACCUAAUACCUGCAAGUAACGAUGAUGGACUGGUUUCAAUUUUUGACAUAAGUGGAAAAAUAACAAGACCGCAUUCAUUUUAUGUUUCACAAUAUGAUUCACAUGUUUUGGACAAAAUAACUCUGGAAUUUAGCAUACUGACAAGUGGAGAUGGUUCCAAUUCCUACCCAAUGGAAAAAUCUGUCACAGCACUUUCUAUAAUAGAUCAAAAAAUAAGUUCUAAUGCAGGAUCAAAUUUGAGUACAUCUCCUACAAUUCGUCCUACAGUUAUAUGUGGCCUCAAAAUUAAAAGUAAGGCUUCCAAAAUAACAAAUUCCACAUUUGUUAUACACGAUCUUGAUGAAAACAACCAUUCAAUGCAAUCGCCAAAUGAUAUGGAACUCAGCUACCCCCAAAUAUCAGAGAAAAGUUGUCUGUUUCUUGUAAUAUAUGAUUUUUUAUUUAAAAAAAAGGAAGAGACGGUGGAUGACGAUCUAGAAACCUUCAUGGAAAAUGAUAAAGAAGAAGAUUCUUUGCAAGGAAAAGAGAAAAAUUUAGAAUUUAUUGCAAUGAGUGGAAUCAAUACCUUAGAUGAAAUUAAUUUAUCUCCAAAAUAUCUGAUGAAGCAUUUUCAAACUUUUUAUAAAGCAUUCAUUCCUGAUGAAAGUGAUGAAAUAUGCCCUCCUCCUACGGAAGUAGAUCCAAAAAAAUGGUUUGACAAAAAGUGGCCUGAAUCAAGAGUAUUAUCCUCAAAUUCUUCAGAAGCAGAUUCUUGUCUGCCGGUAACUUGUCUAAAUCAAGAUAAUUUGUUGAAUGGUCAAAUAUCAAGUUUGAAAGAAAUAUCUCAAGAGAAGAGCAUCUCAGAUCACAUAAACGAUCUGAAAAGCAAAAGAUUAUCGAAAAAACUGAAUUACUCCAGAGCAGUACAAUGCAUUAUAUUACCUAGCCAGUAUAAGAAUAGAAAUGAUCUUAUUAUUUCUGACAUAUUAACUACCUUAGAUGGUUUCCAUAUUUUAGUUGUACUCAAAAGUACGAACAAUGCUGGUGGUGUCCUCUUAUCAUAUAGCUUAGACUUUUCAAGCAAGAAAGUCACUGUUAAUCCUGUACCUGUCCAUUCUAGAGAACUUACCAGUUCAGAAAAUCCAGUACAGGUCAUUUUAUUACCAGCCAUUGAAAAAUUUGGCAAUUCUGUUGGUAGUAAAGGAAUUGAAGGUGAAUUGGUCAUGGUAUGUUCAGAUGGAGCUGUACGAAUAGUAGAAUUGAGAACAAUGAAAACUAUUUGCUAUGCAAAACUCGAGGGAGAGAAGUUUACGUCUGCAGCAUACUGCAACAGUCUUGAGAGAUUAUGUGUGUCAACAGAGGAAGGAUCCCUCCAUUUCUAUGUUUUAAACGAUACUGAUAAUGAAUCUUUGGAAGAUCACGAGGACGAAGAUAUGUUCUGUAGCUCUGAAUCCACCAUUUAUUCUUCACCUUAUUCUGAAUUACCAGACGGAAGUGAAAUGCGUUGUUUUCACGAGCCGACUGCCACGAUAAAUUUGACUGAAUUGAAAAAUCUGUAUUCAUUAACCCAAUUUGAACCUUUGAAGGCUGGGUACUGUGCAGUUGUUCCUCCUUGUUGGACGGAAAUUCAACAAGCUCAAAGACAGAGAAGGCAUCCUCAGAGUCUGAGUGUGGAUGGAGAAGCUUAUACGAAAACAUGGAGAUUACAGACAGAUUUGACCACUUGGGAUGAACAUAUUUUCGAAAUAUCGUUACCGUGCCCUAUGGUUUUGGGGCAUGUUGAUAUUCAUUUCACUCUUCAACCAUCCACAACUCUGCCCCACGUUGAAGUUACUUUAUUGAAGCAGAAUUCUGCCGGUAUUGGCCAUAAAAGGGAUGUUAACUUUUCAGUAGAUGAAUCGAUUACAAUUGGUAUGUUGCAAUGGGCAGACAAUCCAGUGAUUUCACAAGAGUAUUUGAGAUCCCACAAUGCUGACAUAUUGGCGGGGCCUGUUAAUAUUGCUUCAUCUUUAGACUUGACAGAACAGAGUGGAAUGGCUACUUUGACAAGCCCAAAGUUAUUCAAAUCCAGAAAUCGUACAUUACUCUUACAUUUGAGUGUUGUGUAUUCUAAAGAAGAAGAAUGUAAUAGACAGAACAAAAGUGGGAAAAAGACAGAUUGGAGUGAAGAAUCCGGAUUCACUCCUAGAAAAUCUGAAACGUAUAUGGGAUGCGAUUGCAUUCAUGAAUUGAGCAUCACUGUGUAUGCGUCUAAACAUACAGAAUUACCCUUUCAAAUUGCCUCAGAACGACAGCAACGUAGCUUGAUGCUUGAAUCGAACGUCUUUGUCCUCUCAUUAAUUCAUACACUGAUAAAUAAUCGUACAUAUAGUGUCCAAAAUUUUGUCCUCGAUAUAUUAAAUUGGAUAGCUUCGAUUCGUUUAACAAGGAAUAGGAGUAAUAAUGGCGAAGCUCCUCUUCAACAAAUUGAAUUCAUAUCUAUAAUUGAAAAUCAGUCCCAUGGCAUUAUUCACCGAAGUUUCUUAUCCGGAGGAAGAUCACUGGCCCACAGAUGUGCUAAAUUGAUUACUACUUGUUCUAGGGGAGCUAAAAAUAUCAAUGAUGAUCUUGGUGAAUCUUUUGAUUUUGUCGUUAUGAACAAUUUAUUAACAUUAUUAGACUCUAUCGGAGAAAUAAAGUCGGCUGGCUCUCUGCAGUGGUUUUUCAACAUACUCCUAGCAGUAACUCCAAGAAAUGAAGUCAGUAUAGUCGCAACAAACUGUAGAGAUCUUCUAGUCAAAAUAUCUGAUGAAUUAGUAAAAAAAACGAAUCCAUAUCAUCUGCUACUAAGAACCCGUUAUGGAUUGUAUGGUACGCCAAUGGAGCCUGAGAUGUUUGAUAUUGAACCACCACCAUAUCCAAAAGGCAGUAGUGUUUCCAUUACUUAUGCUUCUGUAGUUGGCGGGGAACAACAAAUCACAAGUUCUGAUUUUUACAGCAUCUACUCUUUUUAUAAAGAAAUAAUAAAUCCUAAGGAAGUUAUGUCAACAUCGGACAAUAUAAUGAAAUGCAAAAAUAUAUCUUCAGCUAAAUUAUUCAAAGGCCUCAUUGAAACUGAGCCACUUCAUUUUGUUUGUGUUUCUGCCAGUGAAGGAACAAGAUUGGAUAAAGCAGAUGAAGCAAAUUCAGUAAUGUCGAAUAUUGUAGUGAAUAAUGUUCCUGUUGUUUACCCUGAUACAUCUACCAUAACCGGAACAUCUAAAAAAGAUGAUAUUCAACUAUUCUGGAAUAAUGUUAUUGACAUGAUGAAUAACAUGAAAAAUUUCACAGGAGGAUCAACAAGCCUAUCAGAAAAGUUCCUUUCACAUCUAAAAAACCCACCUUAUACUUUAAUUGUGGAUGAGUUAGGAUUGAAUGGUACCACACCACAAAUGUUUUCAGAUGGUUUACGCAGCAACAAGGUAGCAAACAAACUCACUACUUCCAAAAAUUUCUGGCAGAUGGAGGAUAUUUUGUCCCCUGAAUUUCAAAUGAAUAAUAUUUGGCAACAUCUGCUUGUGGGUUCUCCCCAACAAGUAAUAGUCGUGGAAAGGAUGCAUUCUGGAGCUAGAAGGUUUGUCAUAUUGGAUUUCGGACAACCUGUUAUCCUUACAGAUUUAUUAAUACCGGCGUGCAACGAUUUAGUAUCUGUGAGUAUCGAUGUUUGGCUAAGGAGUGAAGACGUUGAUCCAAUAAGGAUUGCAGUCUCUUCUGACAUUGGCAGUCGGAACUUGGUACUAAAUGAUUUGUUGCCACCUCCAAUUUGCCGUUUCAUAAAGAUAACUGUUGUUGGAAGAUACGGUAUGUCAACUACACGCUGCAGGAUUCCAAUAGGUUUCUUUUAUGGACACAUGGUACUGAAAUCCGAUGAACUUUCAAAUGAAGUCAACAGCUCUGUAAAGACAUCAACUCCAAACGAUAUAGAAAAACACUUGGCAAACCUCUCAAAGAUAUUUGAAGAUGUUAGUUGUCGUUAUAGCAUAUCUUGUUCAAAACUCAAAGAUACUCUACAAGGUUUCAUAGUUGCUGACGUGAAAAAUGCUUCACAUCUACUGAGUUACAUGAAUACCAUGAAAGAGAAAAGUUCCAGCCUUUAUUCUUUGGAACACAAUAAAGUAUUCCAGGCCUACAGGGAAGCGAUAACAUACCAACGCCAACUGAAUACUAUCCGAAAUAUAAUGAGCAGGCUGGAAGAAAAACCUAAUGAUUCAGAACGCCAGAACGAUUUAUCCAAUGUUUGUACAGAAAAGUUAGUUGCGAUAGCAGAGGGACUUCUAGAGGUUCUACUUUCAAUAGAUUAUGUUAAUGAUAUCGAUAUUGAAACAUGUCAAAAGUUAUUCAAAGGUUUCUGCGUAUCACAAUCUCCAAGACUGCAGUUUCUUGCCGCCACUUAUUUGAAGAAUACCUCCACCAAAUGUGAUUUUUGGGGGAACUUUUUAGCUGAUAUUCUGGCAGAAAUGUUCUCUUCAUCUUACUCUCAAACAUUUCCACAAGAUAGAGUUUUCGUACUAAUAGCCUACCUGAGCAAACUCAGUCCUCACAGAAGUUCCGUGUUAGAUGCAGCUUUAAGAGUAACACAUGAAUGUUUGAGCAAUUUAGAAGAAAACAGGAAACCCUUGCUGGCAAUAUCAGUCGAUUUGCCCUUAUUAUCUUGGCUAUUAAUGUAUCUUUCUUUGCAACUUGAUAUGAACAAAAAUUCCAGCAAGUCCAUUGCAAGAUGGGAUUGGGUAUUCGGAGAAAUGCUUGGCAAGGCAACCAUGGAAAAUACCAAAACAAGAUUGCACAAAAAAGCGCUCAAAAAGCAGAUCGGUACUAUUGAUUCUUCAUCUAACAAAAUUCCCCUUAUGCACAAAGUUAGUAUUCCAAUUCCGAAUAUGCCAAACUCUAAGAAUGGCCAAGAAUUCUUCAUGAAAAUGCUUAAUUAUACAAUACCUGACAAUGAAAUCACUGUCAAAAAGGUUAAAGAAAAGAAAACUCCCCAGGUACACGAAGAAAAGAGUACACCAAAAAAAAAUCCAUUAUACAUUGAUGAAGCACAUGUCAGAGUAGUGGCCACAGGAUUGAUUAACCUUAUUUUAUCUAUGGAUCAUUCAAGUAGCGCAGACAUGCUACUACUAUCCUUUAAGAUAAUCGCCAGAUUAACUCAUCUUUCAAAAUCAUCAUACUUCUCCAAGAUACGCUUAGUGCAUUUAAUGAACGACGCUCAACUGCUUAACCUAGUGAACUUCUGUUUACAAUCGAAAAUACCAUGGGCCACCCAUGCGCUUGCAUGCCUGCUUGAAGACUUUUUGGAUCCAACUCUACAUCGUUCAUCGAAUGAAGUGGAAGGGGAGACUGCUUCUGUCGCUUCUACAAGUUGGGAUCCAUCAAAUGAAGCUGAAAGUAAUAAUGAACAUAUUUUCGAUGACAAUUUAAUCACCGCUACAUGUAUUAUCAACAACAAAAAUAAGCAGUUACCAUCAGUAUAUGAAUCGGAUUCUUCAGAGUUGGAAGAAUUGGUAGAAGAAGUCUUUGGUAAAGAACAGAAUCAACCGAAGAAACGUCCUGGAAAAACAGUUAUUUCAAGUUCCAGUUGUCUCAGUUCGUGUGCAAUUGAUUCUAGAUUAGAUUUAGGUGUUGAAACACUGUCUGAAAUCUAUCUCAGGAAAUUAUUACUUCAGAACAAUCAAGUCUUAGUACAGAACAUAUCGUCCAAUAGCCAUGGUCAAGAAAGGGAAAAAAAACUGCUUCCUUGGAAAAAGCCCCUUCAACAAUAUUCGGCAAUUAAGAUGCCGGCAACCAAUCAUAAAAUGUUGAUGGAUUGUUUUCAUAGUUUAUUCCAGGAUUUGGAUAGACGAUCUCCAGAAACUAUAGAGCGCAUAUUGCAGCUGUGGCUCACAUUGAACUCCACCUUCAAAGGUGACAAAUUUGACCGUUCACAAAUUCCGGUCAUUACGCUUAAACCAGAAUCGGUGCACACCCUGAUCUCUGUAUUAACUUAUACCUCUGGAUUAUCCCUCAUUACUUGGUGCAUUGCUCUUCAAACAUUGACAUUGGUUUGUAACACAAUUCAGGUACGCUCAGAAAUUCAUCUAAAUCAAGUACCUGCUAGAAACAUGUGCAUGGCACGUAUGAUAAUCGAACAUGCCGAGUUUGGUCAAUUUUUACUAAGAUUGAUGUCAGAAGAUUGGCUCAUUUAUUCUGAAAGAGGAAUGGCUGGACCAUCUGUGUGCCAAGCAAUAAAUGAUCUGCUUGUACAGAUUCAAAUAAGUUUCGAUGUAAUGCCAAACUAUGCAGAAGUAUCGAUAAGUUUCAAAAAUCUGCUUCUGAAUUUGAUAAACCGGAUGAUUCAACAAUCGGGUCCUAUUGCAUGUAGGCAAGGACCUCUAGAUGCUCAGUGUAAAUUAAUACAAUCCAUGCUUGCGAUGAACUUUGAAAAUGCCGAUUUAGAUGUUGCUCUGAGUAUUCUGGAGAAUACCGGAGGGUUGGUUCAUGCAUAUGUUACCAAUACAGAAAGAGUGAGAUGUUUUUAUUCUGGCGAAUUGAGUAAUGCUUCCUUUAGACAACUCUACUCUACAGUAUUAGGAACUGAUGCCAUUAAACAAGAGAGGCCAGUUUCCUAUGAUUUUCUCCUUAUUUUGUUGCUGAAGUUAUCAGGAAAACUUGUGAAAACACGCAUAGUCCAAAGAGGUGAUGUUGAGGAACCAAUGGAAACCACAUCAUCAACAUCACAAACUGAUGAAAGUAAAGCAGAACAAAUACAACUAAAUAUGGUCAAUGCGAUUCCUUGUUUAGCAGACAAAGCACUACAACAUCAUGAUUGCAUCAUUAAAUUAUGCACUGCCUUGUCUGUCUGUAAGUCAUCGUCAAUAUGUAUGCUCGCAUGCAUUUCUCAGAAGAGUUCAAUCGUAUCUAAUUUCAGUGAACCAAAUACUCUAGCUGAUGGAGUUUUCUAUGUUCUCAUUUCCUUAGCCAAAUGUGCAUUAGAGAAAGAAUUAAUAAUGCAACCUUUGCUCAUGUUCUUAUCUCAAAAUCCACAACUCAGUGAACCUUUAAUAUGGUUCAUUUUGCAAAUUUUGGAUACUGAGGAAACCAUCAAAAGCUUUUUUGAAGCAGGAGGCUUAUCAAUUUUGAGUUUUGGUUUUGUGACCAACAUUAGUGCCCCAAAUACGAUUUCUAAAACUGGAACAAUUUCAACUGUAAUGCAGUUCUUCAAUAAAAAUAAAUCAGUUGAAUGUAAUGUCCCCGUUGGUUCAUCGAAGAAGUCAGCUUUGGAUGAACAACUUGAGAAUAGGCUAUCGCUAGUGAACUUUGCUCCUUGCAGUAGUAUAAAAUGUAGUUCUACUACCGCACAACCAGCCGAUAUAUUGAUACAAGGCAAUACAACUACGCAUAGAAGAGCUCGUACUCCCCAGUGGUCCUAUCAUUUUUAUCCCGAGGAAGUUUAUACAGAGUUGGUUUUAACUUUACCUAGUGCCAUAUUGUUGAAACAAGUGCAUCUUCAACCCCAUUCAAUCGCCUUGAGCACCUGUCCUUCUGCCGUUGGGCUUGAGAUUUCGGCAAGUGGAACUUCUCGUUUAGUUCCGGUAGGUCCCCCGAUGACAACCAGUGGAAUGCCUUACAUACAACUAGAUUUACCUUCACCUGAAGUAGUGAAAUGUAUAUUGAUCAGAUUGUAUAAACCUAAAAUGGCGAACAAUAUAAGUUUGUCCCAGAUACGUCUACUAGGAUUCCCAGCUUUCAAUGAAAAACUUUCAUCGUUCAUAGUCGACAAUGAGCAACAUUGCAAACAAAGUCUAGGGUGGAUCAGACUUCUUCACCAUUGCUUCAGUGUCCCAUCAAAUAAAACAUUGAUUAAAAAUAUGGUAGCUUGUUGUGCAAAUGUACCAGAUUUAUUAUCAUCUACUUGUGGGCUUCUGUUAGUACCAUCUCAUGUUUUGCCAGAUUAUUUACCUUGUCUAGAAAAAGUAGUGAGAGAACUCAGUUUACAUAACUUGGAAUGUAGCAUGAUAACUUUGAAAAUUCUCUUGGAAAGUAAAUGUAGCAGUACUGAUUUAUUGAAUUCGUCGGAUAACUUAUGGCAAGAUCACCUUCUAGUUAAUAAUAAUGGAUAUCAAUCAACAUGUGAACUCCUCUACCAGAUUUGUGAAUAUCAGGAUAGUAACACUCCGUCGAGGAUUUCUAUCAUAUUAGAAUGGGUACAAACAGUGGCCAGGAACGCAUUUGCCACUGGAGUAAUAAAUGAGUGCAACCCUGCAUACUUUUCCUAUGUCGCUUCUAUUUUAUGGCAUGCUAAUUCUGAUUCAGCUGCUAUAAACUACGACCUAAAGUCGAUGAUUACAAGAGAACUUUUCGACUGUGUUGUUCACCUCGAAUCCUUCUUCGAACAUAACUUGAGCCUCAAGUACUCCUUGGAUUCUUUACUUUGUUCAAUCUGCUACAUUCAACCUGAAUUUUAUCCAAUUUUACUUCGUCAUUUUGGUAUAUUGAUUCCCAAUUUAUCUAAUGAUUAUGGAUCUUCAGUUCCUGAUGAUAGAAAAGGUACAACCAGUAUGACAGACGAUAAUAAAAAAUCGUUUGUAGAGGAGUCUGGAUGGUAUGAUCAUUUAGUUGUUGGAAAUCUGGCUCAAUUGAAAAUAUCAAAUGGACAAUUAGAAACAGUAGCCCUAGUCAGUAGAUCUCCCACUUCUGUUCAACAGCUACUAGAUUCAGGAUUACCAAAGAUUCUCAUAUGUGCCAUUCUCGAAUUUUGUUCUUCCAGUGAAGAAAAUGAGAUUCCGAUGGCUAAAUUAGAGAAAAUCAGUGCAAUUUUGAAGUUUUUCACAGAAGUGUCAGAAGAGAAACCUGUGAGAGAUUGGCUUGGUUCUGAGGAAGGAUCAUCUUUUUGGUUGCACCUGUUGCAAUGGCUUUGCAAAAAAACCUCAUUCAGGAAAUACAAUCUGGAAUCAGAAACGAACGUUCAAUUAGAAGAAAUGUAUAUUAAAUUCUUAUCAAAAUGUUGCUUGUGCCAUCCACCGAAUCAAAAUCGUUUGGCGAAAGUUUUAUGUGAAGUGAUCUCAUUACAAACUGGUGUAAUAACAGGGUUUAUGCGGAGACUUGUACUACAAUUGUUAUUGGAAAAUGAAAAGAUUCCAGUCAAUAUUACUGCUGAUGAAACUCUAUAUAAAAGUAUUAAAACUUCUCAUAUUUCUGUUCCUACACAUCCAGCUUUCAAGCAAACAUACAAGAGAGCAUUAUUGCAUUUAAGUACCACUACAACUUUAUCAGACAUUUUGGAGGAACACAUUUACUUCAAUCCUCAUAAAAUGGAAAAUACGGCUGUGAAAAAAGAGGUUCAAGUCGGAAAUGUGUGUAAAGAAUUGAAGGGACUCUUUAGUGAAGAAUCUGACCUAUCCGUUGCAGCUGGUGUACUUGCUAAAGACAAACGUGCCAAAGAUAACAAAAACCUCCUCAUUACUAGUACGCCAGUUAAGAAAAAGAGAUAUUCAGAUUAUCCUGGUGGUGAUUAUGUUGAGGGAAGAAUUGUAAAAUGUUUGGCUUAUUCCGAUAAACCUCUGCCAUUGAGUUUGACAUUGGGUCAACUGUUGAAAUUGAUUGAGGGCAAGAAAAUGACAUCUGAUUGGCCAUGUAUACAUUUAACAAUCUCUCAAAACAAAGAUUUGAAUGACAAAACAGGACAGAAUAGUGAAAGCGGUGGUGACACAGACAUUUCAAUCAAACAACAGUCUUACAGUAGUGCCUUACAAGUAUUUAGUGCAAUGGGAGGUUUGGCACUUCUUGCGCAGCAUUUACCUACAAUUUAUCCUGAAGCUAUCAGAUCUGCUUCCAACCAGAAAUUUUCUACUGAACUUAACUCGACAGACUCAGACUGGAUCAAAGUGGAAGAUUGUGAGGAUAUGUACGACGAGGAAACAGAAAGGCCAGGCACCCUUAAAACCUCGGGAAUGGUUUCAAUUAUGCCACCUUAUUCAUUGACAGCCUUUGGACUCUUCCUUAGACUCCCUGGAUAUGCUGAAAUAUUAUUGAAAGAUAUGAAAGAGGCUUUGUGUCUACUAAGACUAGUUUUGGGAGUGACGGACGAUGAUGAAGGUGGAGACAUAUUUCAAUCACCACUUGCUUCUUCUCUUCCUACCUUACCUUUUGAGGUCUUAAGAAAAUUAUAUGACGCCACUAAAUUGAAUACAGAUGAUGGAAGAUUACUACGAAGAAUGAGUAUAAGUAGUGGUGUCAUUCAUUUAAUUCUUGUUUGUUUGGGCAUUUUCACACAUACCACUCCUGUUGAGGAUAAGGAUAAUGAGCAAGCUACCUCUAAAGAAGAGAGAUCUCAACUGUAUUGGGCGAAAGGUACUGGUUAUGGGACGGGCUCAACUCAACAGAGCUGGAAUGUUGAACAAGCUCUCAUGAAACAGAAAAGUGAAGAGGAACAUGUUACUAUUCUUCUUCAAGUUCUUGCAAGUUAUAUCAAUCCUAAUGGAGAGGCUACUGAUGAGCUUGCUGGAGAAGUUCUUCCUCCCGCAUUUUAUGAUCUUCUCAUAAAUAGUUGUCUCCUUCCAGUAUUAAGUUCUUACCUAAGAAAUGAUUCAGUUUUGGAUAUGGCCCGUCACAUUCCUCUUUAUAAGGCUGUACUUUUACUACUCAGAGCUUUAGCAGUCAGUUCUCAAUUGCUGAACUUAUUACUGCCCCAAAAAAGUAUGGGUAAUCAAAGAUCUAUCAGUUCGCUCCUGAAAAACAUGAAAAAUUGUGUGGACACAUACACCUCUAAACUGCUCAACACAAAGAGUACCUCAAAAUCAAAACUGGGCAUAAAAUUAGAAGAUAUGGAACAAGGGGAAGGUUUAGCAAAUUUGAUGCCUGACAUACAGGAUUCUGCUACACUAGUGUCGAAAGUCACUAGUGGCCUAAUAGAUCCAGAUCAUGAAAUUGAAGUGGUUCCAGUCGAUAAUGAUACUUUAUCAUCUGUAGAGGAUUAUUAUAUAAACAUAAUGAGAAAAUUACAAUUUGGUUCUUAUGAAAUGAUUAUGGAACUGCCAGAGGGCGGUAUUAAGUUUGUUAUAUCACAUCAUUUUGAGAGCAAUGCCAAAGCAACCAGUGAACAGUCACAUCCCGCGCGAGUAAAAAGGAUUGCGCAAGAAACUGUAACACUUUCCAGCAGUCUCCCCCUCAGCUAUAGUAGUACAGUAUUCGUUAGAUAUGAUACUUCUAGGUUAGAUGUCAUGAAAGUUCUCAUCACCGGGCCUGCCGAUACACCCUAUGCAAAUGGAUGCUUUGAAUUAGAUGUAUUUUUCCCGCACGAUUAUCCUAUAUCACCUAUGUUAAUUAACUUGGAAACUACUGGACACCAUAGUGUUAGAUUCAACCCAAAUUUAUACAAUGAUGGCAAAGUGUGUCUAUCAGUUCUGAAUACAUGGCAUGGCAGGCCAGAGGAAAAGUGGAAUGUACAAACUUCUAGUUUUUUACAAGUUUUAGUUUCAAUACAAAGUUUAAUUCUGGUACCAGAACCAUAUUUCAAUGAACCAGGUUACGAAAGGUCAAGAGGUACACCUGCUGGCAACCAAAGCAGUAGAGAAUAUAAUGCGACAAUUUGUCAAGCAACUGUCAGAUGGGCUAUGUUAGAACAGUUAUUGAAUCCUUGUCCUUGCUUUGCAGAAAUUAUUUUGGCACAUUUCUAUUUGAAAAGAUAUGAAAUUAUAGAACAAGUAGACGGAUGGGUUAAGGAAUUCGAAAAUGAAACUAUAGAGAAAAAAGUAUCGAGAACCAGUAAACGUACAUCUUUUUAUAAUUUAGAUCAAUUUAAAAAAGUAGUACAACAGUUGAAAGAACAACUCAUGAAAUUAAAACCACCUUCGUGUGUGAAGGAAGAAGAUGAACUUGAGAGUACCCCAACAAAUAGUAGUCCAACAGAAAAAAUUGCAAUUCAAAAUAAUGAACUUGAUAAUGACAUAGAAAUGCAAAAAAUGGUAAAUGACAUGUGCGAAUAACAAAUUUUCCAUCAAUUUUGUGCAUUUAUUGUUUUCAAAUAGAUCAUCUUAUUUGGAUUUCUAUAAAAAUAUCCUGAAUAAAAUUUUAUUUUUUGUUUAAACCAUUUUAAAUUUAUAUGUAUUUAUUUAUGAGACUAUAAACACAUUUGUGUUGAAACGAAUUUCGUUACCAUUUUCUUAUGUCCAAUAAAUUAUUAUUCAUCAAAUUUUGAGUGGUUCGUAUGUCCCUAACCACAUCUACUUGGAUUACAUCUGUGAAUGUUUUUUCAAUCAUUUACUAUAUUAUUAAGAAAAAUUGUGAUUUAAAAUAAAAUUCAAUUAGUUUUA